AACAUUGCUAUGGAUACCAACUGUUUAUUUCCCGAAACACUUUUGGGAGGGGAGGGUUUGUUUUUUUCCAUUUCUGCUCAGUAAAACCAAAAAAAAACUAGGUGUCUGUGUCAAAUGCACAUCUCACUCUGACUUACCGACACAGGAAAUGACAGUUUUGUUUCCACAUAGCAACAAAAUGUGACUUCAAGCUUAAUGCAUGAUGCUUUUUGGAUUGCAUCACCCUUUGAAAAGCUCUGGAAAUCUCAUGUUCAUAUCUCGAUUUGUUACCAGAACGUGCUCAUAUCUUUCUUUUCCUCAUAAAACAUAUCACUGACAUUGAUGUUGUGAUUUACUAACUCCUGCGAGGCCCCGGUCUGACUGCUGUGUGCACCAGCAUGAACUCAAAGCUUGAAAUCGUAGAAAAGUGUUAGUCAGAGACUGAGCCUUUUACAGAACUGGCAACUUCCUGCUCCCUUCAAUGAAGCCAUUAUCAGGACAUGUAGAGAAGGCUUCACACAGAGGAACCUGGGCUCUUCUCUGGUUUCUAUCCGCCAGAUCUUUUUUUCAAUCACUUCAACAUGAAGAUAGACAAGGCUUUGCUGUGUGGAUUGUGCGUGCUGGUGAUGGUGGACUCCAUGACAACCUCCAAUUCACUAACCAGAGCCACUGACGCUGCUGUUGAGCUGGGCAACACCACACAGCAAAUGACCACGACGCCAGUCACACAGCAGCUUCCUGUCACCUGGACUCGUGCUCCUAACUUAGCACAAGUUAGUGCUUCUUCAUCUGGGGAGGUUGUGUCACCCACAGGAGUGAGCACGACAAGUUUAGAAGAAAGCAGAAGCUUAAAUACUCCGACGACUGGUUUGGUCAUCUUGAGAACCUCAGGUGCUACGAGCAGCUCUCAGCGGCUUUUCACUGAAACACAAGACUCAAUUAGCCGCUCAGAGACCACAAGAGCACAGCUUUCAUACAAAAUGACAGUGUCAACGCAUAAGCUCUCACCCACAAGUUUAGCUGCUUCUGCUGCAGCUUCAGAGACUCCUCCAUCUCUGCUUUCCACAUCCAUCAGUCACUCUGAUGCAACAUCAGUGGUACGGUCCACCAGCAAAGGGUCAACUGAGGGCGCUUCCCUCUCCACUCAGAACCUUACUAAUUCCACAUCUUCUGGAGCAGCGACGAUGGUGUCAACCUCUCGUGCGUUGCCUGUUUCGUACGUCUCCAUGACACAAACAUCCGCCAGAACUAGUCUUUCAUCCGGACCUCCACCCACAAGAAUCUCCAAAACAUCAUCUCCGCUUUCUGGUACGACUGGGUCCAUCAGCAGUCCUUCUCCUAGAUGGAUCCGUCAAGUAUCAACAAGAUCACUCCCAACAAGCAGCAUCACGACGUCUCCCAGUGAAAAAUGCAAAACUACAACAAGCAGUUCGGCGCAAUCCUGCUCCACCCGGGGAAUUGUAAAUAAAUGCCUGAUUGCAGUCGGCGCCCUGGCAGUGCUGGCCACCAUCUUCAUGGUCUCCACCAUAUUUCUGUGCGCCAAGCUGUCGGCAAGGAAGCAGAAGGCCAAAAGACCCAAACAGUCCACGGAGAUGAUGUGCAUCUCAUCUCUGCUUCCUGAGAGGCAUCACAACUACACCAGACAUCGCAAUCCAGUCGCCAACGGAGUGUUGGUGUUCCCCGCCGGGGGAGACAGCGAUGAGGAGGGAGGAGAUAACCUCACGCUGAGCAGCUUUCUUCCAGAAAGUGUUUGAAAAGGAUUUAUGUGGUAGAUUUUAAUCUUAUCUGAUUGUUUUAUCUGGUUGCAGACACCCAAACAAACAUGUUCAUUGGGCAAAACGCAUGAUUUUUUGCAGAAAUGGACACUUGCCCAGGAGGAUGUCAGCCAGGAUGCAAAGACAGAUCAAAACCUUUUUUUUUUUUUUUCAACAUCCGGAGCCCUGAUGCUUUUUCACUUUGCAGCAGGAGACAGGAAGACUGGCUCCGUCAAGGGGCCUUCUGUCCCACACAGAUGUUUUCUGAUCACAAAUGCAACAUUUGGAUUACGUUUUCUUCAGUUUCACUGUGUUUCAGCACCUGGACUGCAGGGAUGUUAGUCAAACUUAAGUUAUGGACUUUCUCAGACUGAAAAAAAGCUUUUAAGAAGUUGGAGUUUUAAAUAGAAGACGGUGAAUGUUUUUUUUUUUUUAAUGUGUAUGUAAAUGGUAAAAAGUCACCAUGAAAGUCUGCAUUUAGUCACUUACCUUUUUAAUGAAGAAGUUUCACAAGUACCUA